AAUCCUAUGUAAUAUUCAAAAAAAUAUCCUGCCAAAGCUACACAAAAUCGUAUAGGGGGCUUGUAUAUGGGAUUCGUUCCGAACUCCGCACGUUGGAUGCAUCCUUAUAAGAGAACGUUUAAAAUCUGGUGAUUCGUGUGUUAAUUCGUGAAGUAGGUUUAUGUAUAACUGCAUAUAAACCUUGAGAAAAUCGCAGAGGGAUCAGUUGCCCUUUGGUCAGAGAGUGGUCAGGACGUACGUCGAUCGAUUGAGCACAACGAUCGUUAUUGCCAAUCAAAUAACAAUAAGUUUUCACAAAUAUACGUGAUCACGAUGAAAUCGAUAAAAAUUUGCAUCGCUUCGUUCGCCGCACUGGCAUGUCUCGCGUGCGAGGGAUCGGCUCAGCAAAAUUGGUGGGAAAGAGGACCCGACGGUUCGCCGAUGAUCGCUACUUCGAGAUCAACCAUCGGCGCAUCCACCGUUGUAUCAACGACCCCGACGAUACCUGCGAAAUGUCCCUGUGCUACAACACCAGAGUAUAAUCCGGUUUGCGGCGGCCUUGGAGGCGACAAUAGACUCACUUACACGAACCUGGGAAUGCUGACGUGCGCGAAAAAUUGCGGACAAAACGUUCAACUGCUUUUCUACGGGCGUUGUGAGAGAGUUUGAUGCGGAAUGGAACGAUCGAUGACAAUUGUGGAGAGCGAGACGGAAAAUUCGAUCUCUGCUGUACGUUAGAAAAAAAAGUCUCGGCAGUAUGACUCGCAAAAUAAACCGACGUGAAUACGAUCUGCCAUCGCUUGAGGAAUUUUGAAAACCCAGAAAAUUUUUUCAUUGUUAUUUACAUUGCAAUUUAGUAAUAUCAAUCGAUACGUAGUCGAUCUGUUCUAAAACACUACAAGGUGUAUAUGGUGUCUAGAUUUUCGAAAACAAUAUUUUCGGAAAAACCUUAGCAAGUUUUACGAGAGCGAUUCAAAAUAUCUCUUGCUUUUGACACGAGUGUCAUGAAGUUUUUAAUCUUUUUUAUCCAGUGCAGGACUUGAUUUUGAUUUGAAACUCCGCGAGUUUAUUGAAUACGCGAGAAAGAGCGUUAUACCUGCGGCUGAACUUGAAAUGUAAAAGUUUCAUAUCAGUCGAUACUUUGAUCGAUAUACCUUGAAAAUUUUUCUGAAAUUCCAUGAACAUUCGCAGACGACCAGUAUGGGAAAAUUUUCUUUGAUCUCGUCUGACAAUUUUUAUCCAAACGAUUUCGUAGAACGGGAAAAAAAAUAGUCCAUUUUGCAAUAAUUUAGUAGUUGAUAUUCAAAAAUGAGACACCGUAUAUCCGAUCUCGUUAUUGCCACUUAAGAUUCCGGUUACUCAUUGUCGGUGGAUCCCCGAGUAAAACCGACUGCUUGUGCAUUCCCAGCAGCCACGCCGGCGGCCAGACUUCCGAUGUUUCCUGGAUUAAAAAUAAAAUCUCUAAUCGAAUGUCGCUUGAAGAUGAUAAUUGUAUUUCCCGUAUACCACUUCAUCAGAACUAAACGCACAUGAUUUCUAAGAAUCAGAAUAAUUUCGAUGUGUGCGUGUGCGUGUGUGUGUAUUGUGAUAAUAACUUCAGACGCUCCGUGACGUAUAGGUCAAUAUCAAUUGAUGUAAAGAAACGUUUAAGUGUUAAAAUAUUGAAAUUGAGGAUAAUUUGAAUACCUAUUUGUGGUCGAUGAGAAAAAGAAUUGUGUACCAGUAUCCCGUGCUUGUGUAUAGCGGAAAAGAAGUAUUAACGUAAAUAACACACAUACGUAUCAACGCGGCGACGUAAUUUAGAAUCGGCAUGUAAAUUAGGACUAAUUUAUUGCCUGAAAUUAUAUACUAGUAUCUAUGCUGGUAUAGUUGAUGCAAUUUACGGAAAUCCAUUGAUAAAAAUAGCGUAAAACCUUUCUUGCGCUUUUGCAAUGUUCAAUCAACGUCUUUUCAAUUAUUUGAACAAAGAUAGUAUUUUCUAAUUCUCAUUCGGUCAAGCUGAAGAAUUAUUUUGCAGUUCCCACGGAUUUUUUUUUUUUUCUCCAAUAAAUUACAUCAGCAGUAUAUAUUUUGCGGAAAAAGUUGAUGAAAAUAAAAAAUAUCGAACAUCGCAUCGAACAUGAUGUGGUUCACGUUUCACGGUGUUCGGUAGAAAUUGUUGCAAAGAGUUUCGAACCACGUCAGACGUAUGACAAUUUAUAAUAGCGUAAAAUCCGGAAAUCAGAGAAAUACAGCGGUGGCCGUGAAGGGGAUAUCCCGAGGCUAUGUUGUUUGUGACGUAAUUGGAAUAUAGAUAUAUAAAACUUGAGGAAAUCGCACAAGCACCAGUUACCUUUUGGUCAGAGAGUGGUCAAGACCGAUAGUUCGUAACGAUCAACCGUGAUAUAAUCACAUCGCAAGCUACAUCCUCUAAUUGUAUCGCGAAAUAACUUCAUCAUGAAAG